GGCUCAGUGGGAUAACCGCCAUCGCUGGACAAUCACGCAGAUCCCGCUCCUCUUCUUCAAAAUCGACGUCGUCACCGCUUCGACUGCAGCCUUACUUUGCCCCUUCCAUGUACAGCAGGAUAUUGCGCUCUCCUGAACAUACAAAGAUUCCGGGGCUGACCAGCUAUAGCCCUUCUCAGAGGCAGUGGGACACCGGAGGUGCUGACGAAACACCCGUGCCUCCCGAACUUCGUGUCGCAUAUCAUGUACUCGCCCGUCUGCACCACAACACACUCAAAGAGUACGCCUAUUCUCGAGUAGGGCUCGCAAGACAUGUCUGCCCAGAACUUUGGCGUCGUCGCAGCGGUCGUGCCCAAUCCCACGUAUGAUCCGAAUCCAAACGUCCGACUGGUCAAUCGAACAUAUGCCCUUCAACUGACCGCAGCGGGCCUUGUGCGGACGCUGUCGCAGAACAAUCCGAAUGACUACGGUACCAUAGAAGGCCUCCUUUACGUCCCCGACCUUCCAUCCUCAAGUCCAUGCGACAAUGCGACCAGGGCACUGAUUCCUUCCAACGUCACGACCCGCGCUCAGAUACCUGAUGGCGAUUAUCCACUGAUUGCGCUUGCACCAUGGACGCAGACAGCAUGCGUGGACGCAUAUUUGUCGGCCAUGGCAUCCGACAAUGUCCGUGGAGGCAUAUUUUUCCAGCCUGGCAAUGACAGUCAACAGCCCCCUCCUGUCAGCGACCCUUCCUGGACGCUCCACGACGGUGGUCAAUGGAAGGGCGCCAAUCCGUAUCCCGUCUACGCAAUCCCCGGCAUGUUGGGCGCUUUCCUCCUCGGCGAACUGGCACAGUAUUCAGGGAACUUGUCGUCAGCACCGUACGGCAAGGAAUUGAUGGAUCUUUACAACCCACAUGACGUGGUCAGACUGGUUGCAAGAUUCGAUGUGAAUGUUACAGGAGGUAUUCCCACAUUGUGGGUAUUCUUGAUAAUCGUUCUGGCUGUUCUACUUGCAGUGGUGUUGAUCACCUCCUUCAUCAUGCAUUGGGUUCAGCGAAAACAGAGGCGACAGCUCCAGCGCAGGGUCGCCAAUGGAGAGGUCGAUCUCGAAGCUUUGGGCAUUAAGAGACUCAACGUACCCCAGGAUAUACUCGACAAGAUGCCUCAGUUGAUUUAUACUAAAUCAGAUGUCGACGAUAACAGUAAGGCGGAAUCUGAGAAGUCUGUCGAAUCCGAAGAAAAAGGACCCAGCAACACUGCUGGACCUGGAAAGGCUCUCCGAGAGGUACAUUUCAGCCAAACGACAUGCUCGAUCUGUCUGGACGACUUCAUGCACGAUGAGACAACUGUGCGAGAACUUCCAUGUAACCAUAUCUUCCACCCUGAAUGUAUCGACCCGUUCCUUCUCAACAACAGCUCUUUAUGCCCGCUUUGCAAGAAAUCUGUACUGCCGCCAGGUUAUUGUCCUGUGCAGGUAACGAAUAUAAUGGUCAGAAGAGAAAGAUUGCUCCGCAGGACCAGGCAACGGAAUGUAGAGACACCUUCAGAGGCAAAUGAUUCCAGGCUCCCCGGAGUGACCGCCUUGAAUCGUACGAUGCGGCAAUUGUCAAAUCCACUGAAUGCUUCUCGAAAUCAACAUGGUAGUGCGGCAGGCGAGCAUACGGCAGGCUCCGAGAUGCAAGUCGUUCCCCCAAGACGACAGACGCAAAUAGAUGAUGAGAUGCCUGCAGACGUUCGAGCUCAAGGGACGUCAGCCAGACGAGCAUGGCGGCGAGAACGACUCGCCACGCAACAGGCCCAUGAAUACGGCAAUCUGGCGCAGGAGGCGCGAGUCGUCGAUGAAUCGAGGCCACUGUGGCGCCGAAUCGCAGGUCGGGUCAUUCCGAGCCUCGACUGAUAGGCUCAUGAAACAGAGCCCCUAUAGCGUGAUCCAUUUGCUUCUUGGUCCAUAGCGUCGGCGUCUCUGGUUGAACUUUCGAUCUUUAUGACGGUACAGGUUUGAUGUAUGAUAUGUUGAUGGGAAAAGCGAUGGUACAUAUCUCGUGGGGUUCGACGUAACAACAGGUGUUUUGCGUCCUUCUGUUGAUACCAUUCUUCGUACAAUGAGAGGUUCUGACUCUUCCG